CUCAACGUCCGCAGCGUUCUAGUGACCGGUUCCAAUCGGGGAAUUGGGCUGGAGCUGGUGAAACAGCUGCUGGGGAAAUCAAACCCGCCGCAGUGGGUCUUUGCCACCUGCCGGGACCCAGAGGGAGCACGAGGACAGGUUUGAGAGGAUGAGAUCUGCUAGUCCUAAAAUCUUGUGGAACAUGGUACCAGAAACCAUCCGCUCAGGAGCUGCGGAAUCUGGUUUCCAAACAUCCAAACCUGGUGAUGGUGAAGCUAGACGCCGUGAAUCCAGCAAGCAUUGAGGAAGCAACCUGGAGGGUUGAGGAGCAGCUGGACGGCUCGGGCCUGAACCUGGUAAUAAAUAACGCUGGCAUUUUCUCCGACGUGUCUCUGGCAACGGUGGAUUCCGAAGAGAUGCUGGGUGCCUACAAGACUAACGUGGUUGGGCCAAUGUUGGUGGGCCAGGCGUUCCUGCCCUUGCUGAAGAAGGCUGCCCAGGGAAGUAGCCAGAAAGGGCUGAGCUGCAGCAAGGCGGCCAUUGUCAACAUCUCCUCUGUUCUGGGAUCCAUCGAGAGAGUCCCUGAGACGUUCUUCAAGCCAGUCAUCUCCUACCGUUGCAGCAAGGCUGCUCUCAACAUGCUGACCCGGUGCCAGGCGCUGAGCUAUGCAGAGGACGGGAUUCUGUGCGCUGCAGUUCACCCCGGCUGGGUGCAGACAGACAUGGGCACCCAAGAGCCCCCGGUCAGCCUGUUGACUUCUGAAUUUCCUGGACUGUUGCAGGCCGACCUGCCCGUGGACGAAAGCGUGCGGGGGAUUCUCACUGUGCUUCCUACCCUCUCCGAGAAACACAGCGGGAGCUUCUGGAGCUGGGCAGGGGAGACUAUUCCCUGGUGAGAGAGCAGCACGGUACGAGGGCUGAGAGCAGAGGUGCUGGGUGCCAGAAGUCCUGCGGCCCGAGAGGGGGGGCCAUGACCUCAGGCGGUUCCUGGCUGCACAUGCUCCAUGGAAUCUGUUUAGGUGUUUGCAGAGCUGAGGUCACGGAGUAGAAAUCCCUUGUAGCUGAGUCACUAAUAAAUACCCUGAGACACAGACA